UCAGUCAUUUAAUCACUGUUCGCGACUUGGAAGCUCUAUAACUGCGUUGUCUGAGGCUGCUGAUGCUGUUGAUAGGAAAUUGUAUCAUUUGCUGUCAGUUUCUUGCUGGAUUUGGACAGAUGCCUAACCUGGUGUAGGGGAAAUCGAAUUACAAAUUGCGAAGUGAGUCAUGGAGCGGAUAUUGCGAGGAGUGAUGCGCUAUCGGAACACUACCCGUGAGCAAAUGGUGAAAGAGUUCCAAAAAGUGCGAGACAAUCCACAGCCUAAAGCGGUAUUCUUCACGUGCAUGGACAGUCGCAUGAUUCCGACCCGCUACACGGACACACACGUCGGUGAUAUGUUCGUGGUUCGAAAUGCUGGCAAUCUGAUACCGCAUGCGGAACAUUUUCAGGACGAAUAUUUCAGCUGUGAGCCCGCCGCCCUGGAGCUAGGCUGUGUAGUGAACAACAUCAAGCACAUCAUCGUGUGCGGUCACAGUGAUUGCAAGGCUAUGAAUCUACUGUACCAGCUGCGCGAUCCUGAAUUCGCAUCCAUCAAAAACCGUAGAAUAUCUCCGUUACGAGCGUGGCUUUGCGAGCACGCCGAUACUAGUCUAGCUAAGUUCCAGAACCUCAAGGAAGCUGGCUUGGAUAAGCCGUUGAUCUUUUCGUCGGAAACUCCACUCCGAAAGUUUGUAGCGUACAUCGAUCCUGAGAAUCAGUUUGCGAUCGAGGACAAACUGUCGCAGGUGAACACGCUGCAACAGAUCGAGAAUGUGGCAUCGUACGGAUUUUUGAAGAAAAGACUCGAAUCGCAUGACCUGCACAUUCACGCGCUGUGGUUCGACAUUUAUACAGGGAAUAUUUAUUUCUUUAGCCGUAACUCAAAGCGGUUUAUUCAAAUCGACGAAAGCACCAUCGAUCGACUGCUAGAGGAAGUAAAUCGUUUCUAUUCGUGAUGAACAAAGUAGUAUGUUAUUAGUUUGUAUAUAUUCAACAUAAGGGGAUGAAAAGCAGAGGUUUUUCGUUUGAAAACAUAACUCUCAAAUAGAUUGUAAUUAUUUGUUUCUGUUUAAAGAUUAUGGUU